UUUUUUUUUUUUCUUCUUCUUUAUCUUCUUUUCUCUUUUUCUUUCUUUAAUCACACCUCGGCGUAGUAAUCGCCUUCAAUAAUAUCUAUGCACUAUGUCAAUCCAACAUUCAACACAAGUCUUUUAUGACCCUAAAUCGCUUACAUCAUCAUCACCAUGUUCCACUAAAAUAGUUCAAUCGCCAACCCAAUUCUCGCCAGAAUCAUAUUCACAAUCUUCUCGCUCGUUUCAACUCGGGGGAACCUGCUUUACUGUUGAGGAUCACCCUUUGAUAGUUGCGCUUCUUCAGAGUUCUAGUGCAGCUUCAAAGACUGUCAGCAUGUAUCUUCUUUCAGCUAUUUGGACUGCUGUACAGUCUCUUGCUUGGAUAGCCUUAGUGCAAGGCUUGGUCUGGAUCCAAACACUGGGACCUAUGAUCAUGCAUUGGGACAGCUUCCUGCUCGGUGCAGUCUUUCUGACCAUGACCAUCAAUCUGGAUGUCUUGGACGAACGUCUUUAUCCUAAUCUAGUCCCAAAAAGACAGCAACCAAAAUCACAACCAAUACCAUCAGCAUCAACUGUGCAACAGCAGUUUCAUCAAAAUCCCGGCUUCGGGUCGCCUUCAAGAUCCAGCUCUAACGGCAGCAAAAAAGUCACCUUCGAUGAACAGGUGAUGGUGCUCGGUACAGCUGCUCAACAAGGCGUCACUCCAAUCUCGACUGUUGGGAUCAACUGCUUUGACGCCUUUGUACCGCUCUCCGAAUCACCUACAGGCCUUUCGACUGUAUUCAAUUUCUCAAGCCUUGACAGACAGGUAGAGGCGACUGUUCUGUUGAAGCAAAUGCAACGAGAAGAGAGAGCACAAUAUCCACAUAUGGCUCGAUCAUACGUAGGGCCACCAACGAUCAUAUUCGAGUCCCCUUCAUCUUCGCGCUCUAGCUCUUGUCAGUCCAGCAUUCGCAGUGUUUCGAGUGACAGCAGUGAUCGGGAAUCAAACAGGCCUUCUCGAUCAACAUCCGCGCGGCUUGCUGCGCUGUUCCAUCCACACUCCGCAGACAAUAAUCAAAGCCACGGUUGCAGCAGCAACAACAAUAGCAAUAGCAGAAAGCUUGUUCGGCGCAUUAUCAAACGUCAAAUCAAUCAGCGGCAGGCUGGUGAGAAGAUGUCGAUGGCAGAUCCAGUUACGACCAUCAGCCUAAGCGAUAGUGAAUAUCAACCUGUACAGCAUCAACGCAAGACACUUGCACAACGUCUUGGACUCAAGAAGAUCAAGAAGUCGCUUUAAGCCAAUAUUGCACUUUGUAUUUUUAAAAAAGAAAAUUGUAAAUUAUUUAUUAAUUAUUCAUCUCACGUAUUUGUAAUGCGCAUACGUUGUAUAUAUUGUACCUCCAUUUCCAUUCAACUAUUCAUUGAUGUACUCUGUAGAAGAAAUAAAUAUUACCGAAUAUCACUCAAACACUGAGUAGCAAAGCA